CCGGUGUUCUAUAAGGGUGUGGCGGGCUCCCAGGUGACCCUGUCCAGCCUGGUGAACCAGAGCAGAGCCAUGCUGGAGGAGCAGGCCCGCCACCUGCUGACAGAGACAGAGAGGCAGACCAUGGGCUACUACAUGGAGGAGUACCGGGACGGACACAUAGGGGUGGAGCAGCUGGUCAUGGCCCUGUUUGAACUGCUCAACACACAUGCCAAGGUGAGGAGUGAAAGUGUAUGUAUGGGGGGAUGUGGGGGGAGGAUGUGUGAGUGUGUAUGUGCGUGCGUGCGCGUGUGUGUGUGCGUGUUUGCGUUAGUUGUUGUGAGGUGCAUUAUUUAUUGGGUUCUUAUGUUCCCUCACUUUGUAAUGCUUAUGGUGAUUGCUUGCCUUUUCUCUGUACAUCCAUCACUUGGAUGACAAGUUUUGUGAGACUUUCCAUGAUUUAUGUUAAGGCUUUUGUGGAUGCUCAGACUUCUGUUUUUCUCAGUAUAUUAUAUAGCCGCUUGUCUUUCUGUCAAUGCCCUAGCCCUGCACCUCAUAUAAAACAAUGAUUUAUCAAAUGUAUUGAAUUCACAAUUGGUAGAGUGCUUUACAGUGUUCUUCAGUUGCAGUCUGCAUUCCCCAUAGUCUCCUAAUGCAUGUUUUAGCCUGAUGCAUGUUAUAGCUCCCUAUAACUCUUGAACCCUGUCUCCCUCCCUUUCCCCACCCCUCCUCUCAGUUCGCCCUGCUAUCAGAGGUGCGUGGCCUGGUGACUCCCCAGGAUCUGGAGCGUUUCGAUGGGAUGGUGCUGCGCCGUGAGAUCCAGGCUUUGAAGGCUCGGCAGGGGGGUGCCUGUGUGGCCGCCCUCCACCCUGACUCCCUCUCCAUGGUCUCCUACCCAGAUACCCUGGCCUCC